CCAUGAGGCCCAUUUCAGUUCUACUAAUACGUUUUUUUUUCUUUUUUCUUUUCGACUUGCCCUAAUUUGAGUUAGAGGCGCGACCAUCGUUUUUGUUCUACGAGCUUGUUGUUCCGAUGAAGACGGUCACCGGAAGAGUUAACUGUUCAGAGCCAAUCUCUCUGUCUAAGGCAGCUACGCUUCUCUCUGGAUUCGUUUCCUCCGAGAAUGGCGCCUCUCGAGACGUAAGCGCGUAUCUUCGACGAGCCUCCGGUGCCUUCGCCGAAUUAAAGAGCAUCCACAGGGAGAUUAAAUCGAAGCUAAGAUCCAAUAAGAAGAGGAAGAGCGAUGGAGAGAGGAAGAGCAAGAAAAAGAGGAAAUCCAAGGAGAACGAUGCUUGAUGUUGUAGUUAGUUUUUGUAGUGAGAAAAAUUAAGUAAGCUUUCAAAAUUUUGGGUAUGUAAGCUAAAGAUGUCAUGCCACUUGGUGCUUUAACAAAAAAAAAAAAGAUGUCACUUGUGAGAAAGAUAUGAUUUUUAUAGUUUGGUACUUUUAAGUUAUUGUUUUAAAACAAAGUUCAGAUUUUUGAUGUUGUGGAGACACUCACAUUGGUGGAGUUAACUGGUCUAACUUGUUCAUAAAAUCUUUACACAAAUGUCAAAAGAUCACAGGGCGUUUUCUGCGCCAUGUUUGAAACACUAGCCUAUAUUUCAACACUGAUUCAAUGUCUCAUUUCAUAUUUUGUUUAAACAAAGGCAUCUGGGGGCGCUUGUUCUGGA